AUGGCUUCCAUUCCUCAAUACUUCUCCAAUGAGUUCUAUGCUUUCCAUAAUCCAAUGUCUGGCGGAAACAACGGGGGUGGUAUUGCAAUGUGGAGUGAAGAAUGCUUACCGCCCUUUUCCGACAAUGGGAUACUUAAUGUGGAGCCAUUAGAACCUCAUGACAUUGUUCCAUCCAUUUCAAUGUCAUUGUUUCCUGAGCGUCUCGGCGUUUCUGAUAUGGCUGUACCCUCAUUGAUGGAGCGUAAUAUCAAUAUGGGUUCAUAUGGCAUCGCUGGACCUCAUGGUUUUGAGUGUAGAUACCAACAUGAGGUAUGUGAUCAGUUUGGCGAUGAUUCCAGCAGUGGGGUUGUGCCAAAUUUCUGGCCGGUUUAUUCCGUAGCUGUCGACAAUUGGGGAAUUCAAGGUAAGCCUGCCCCAGAAGUUGAAGAACCCACACUGAAGAUUGGGAAGUAUUCAGUAGAAGAAAGGAAGGACAGAAUUCUUAGGUAUCUAAAGAAACGAAAUCAAAGGAAUUUCAACAAAACCAUCAAGUAUGCCUGUCGCAAGACCUUGGCUGACAAGAGGGUCCGGGUUCGUGGAAGAUUUGCAAAGAACAAUGAACCAUGUGAAGAUGAAGUUAGAAUGAAGAUGACUGAUAAUCCUACCGAAGCAAAAGACUUCAGCUACUACGCUGAUUGUGUCCAGAACCUCCAGAUCAAACAUGAUGAUGAGGACUGGUUACAGGAAGCUAUGGUUAGUCUUAUGUAUUCACCAUAUAUUGGUGGGUGACACCAUGGAGCUGUUGCAAAAUGAACAACUAACGUAGGAAACAAUGAUACCAUGGAGCUGUAUUCACCUUAUUGUACUUUUAAUAGUUCACUAGUUUAAUGUAAUAUGGAGCGAGGUAUCUUCCGAUAUAUAUUUUUCUUUUACAUUUGUUGUAUAUAAGUGGGUUUCUUUUCAUUCUUCUAUUUUUCAAUCGUAUCAAACUGAG